AUGUUGGAGCUUCUCAGGGAGAAUUCCCUUCUGAGAGAGAAGAUCACCCGGUUGGAAACCAGUCUCACUCUGUCCAGAAAUGCUGGGACUCUGAGUCCUGCAGCGACCCCGGCAUCCGACGAUGGCGCCCUGUGUCCCACAAAAACGUCAAAGGAAGUGAUCCGGCAGCUGGAAAGCCAUAUAGUGACGGUUGAAAUAAUCAACUUUACCGGUGUCAGGCAGACAGAAGGCCAGGUCAUUGCCUGUCAAGGCGCGGAUGGUCUCCCUUCCACCCGCUGCUUAAGCGACAACCCCAUUCAGACCAUACCGUCCAGGAGCCUGAGUGAGGCAGUCAUCCAGUUCUCCUUGAGGUCCCUGGGUUUUAUCCACUGCGCGGUGCGGGCCAACGUUUUUUACACCGAGCAUCAAGACCUGUGGACCAAACUGUCACAGGGAGAUCUGUCUGGUACCCGAAACCACCAUUGGAUGGCCGUGUACUAUGCACUCCUUACUACAGGACUGUAUUUCAUCGACAUCGAGGAUCUCUCCACAAACCAUCAUCUCGAAAUUCAGCAGAGGUGUGGCCUCGCCGGGAACAACCUGAAGGAGAACAAGGCACAUUUAGCUCGCGCCUGGUAUGACGCAUGUUUACGAGAACUCGACCUGGCCAACUUUACAGGAAAGACUAGUCUGAGAGCAAUCCAAGCGGUUGCCAUCCUCACCCUUUGCAACCUCAACUUUGGGGAAAUGGAGCGCGAGUCCUUACUACACGGUCUUGCAGUCAGUGCUGCGCGUUACGUGGGAAUGCAUCGGCUGGGCUCCGAAGGAAAGCAUCCGCAAGAUCUAGCUUCUAAAUCUCUCUGGUCCACCCAAGCGGACAGGGAACUGGGAAGACGCCUUUGGUGGACGCUCGUCAUCUGCGAUUGGCUAGGAUGCUGGUCCAGGUCACCGUCUAUCUAUCCCGAAAGUUUUGACUGCAAUCUCGCGCGCGGUGCAUUUGACCACGAGAUACUGCUCGACACUACGCCUUCCUCGACAGUAUCCCCUCUAGACUACCACCUCGUCAUGGCGAAGCUGGCCUACCUCGUUUUCACCCGUUUCAAGGCCAAGAAAGACGAGAUCUCGAACGCUCUAUCAAAGACCCUAGAUGAGCUCGAUGAGAUCAAGCGAUCGUCCUCGCUGCUAAACACUAACGUACCUUCGAGCUUUGACGGCGCUCUCCACUGGACGAUAUUCCCGCGAUAUCUUCUUACGCAAAUCCUUGACUAUCUCAGGAUGUCACUGGCACAGCUGUUCCUGUUCCGGGCGCUCGAGACCUCACAGGAUGAGAUGUAUGCUCGUGCCGAAGCUGUCCGUUCGGCAGAGUCCAUCCUGCAGGCGAGGUUCCAUCGAGUUCCCGGGUUUUUCCAAUCUAGCUGCUAG